CUCUCUCUCCCUCUUCCCCUUUUUCUCUUCCUUUCCCCGCUCGCUAUCUCUUCCGCUGUCUUUUUCCCCCCUAUCUAUCCCCCUACCUGUGUGUCUCCGUCUCUCUCUCUCUCUCUCUCUUUCUUUCUCCCCCUACUGUUUCUGUCUAUCCGUCUAUCCUCUUCGACAUCACCUCACGCAGCAGUGCCGUGUUGUAGUGUCGUGUCAUCCCGCGGUACGUCAACGAUCCUCUCGGACUGAAGGCAAGGAUCGACCGGGUCGAGAGUACACUCUGCGAUUACUGGGGACCGGUCGAUCGCCAGUCUACAGUAGGGUGAAGAAAGUGAACCCACGGUCACCGUGAAGGUGAAGGGAGUGAUAUUCCCAAUGGAACGCGCGUUCUCCAGACAUCGAUAGUCGAAGGUUUACGACGAACGAGUGAUCUGUUGAAAUAUUUGGAUGCGAGAAAUCUGUUGAAUCUGUUUUGACUCAAUCAGUAGGAAACAAGAUCUUACGUUGGUGAAAACUGUCGCGAUGAUCGAAGACAAGCCUGUCGUGAUUGAGCUUGUUCGUUAAGAACAACUUUCAAGUCUGCCAAGACCUGGUGUCGUAUUAUACCGACAAUUUUUAAUAUCUGCAUGAAUAGUUUAAUGAUUACGUUUCGAGUGAAAAGAGUAAGAGAAAGAGUCGUCUGGUGAUAUAUCGAGACUCGAUUGUGAUCCGCGCGAGUCGAAGACAGUUAUUAUUCGACGAGUUGCAAGGUGCGCUGAGGAAGGGGACAUUCGGUGAAGGUGUCAAACGUCGGCGGCACCUCAUUGACAUUUUCGUGACAUUUAGUGCGCGAUUCGAGUCGAGUGCCAGACACCUUUUCGUGUAACACGCGUGUCCCUCGUUGUUUUACGACAGCGAAAUCUUGGACGAAAUCUUACGGGGGAGCGUGUUACUGUUGUGAGAAAACGACACGACGAGCGAGAGAAGACGACACUGCGGCGAAAAGGAAGUGAAACGAAGGCCAGGCCGAGUCGAUGACGCGUCCUCCGUGCCUUAUCAACGACAGAACCAGAGCGCGGUGACGGCGAAGACUCAUCCGAGAGAUUUAUCUGUCUCUCGGAAUUCUUCAGUUGCAUGUGUACGACUUAGAAUACAAAUAAGACGACCUGCAUUCUUGCAGAGAAUCUCCCUCCGAAUCUUUGUUGAGCGAACCACGAAACAAGAUCUUCGAGCCUAUCUCUGAAACACAGAGCUCCGUUGCGAAGCAACAGGUGGUUAUAUCUGAAGAUUAUUGAAACGAGGUUUCUCCUGUGACUUUCGACAGGCAGAACCGGAGAUUCUUCAUUUGGUUGGAGGUUGCCGCUAGUAGCCAAACUGGACAUUCUUACCGCCACGUCGGAAAGAACGGAGUGGAGAUGUUCGCGGGUCACUGAGAGAAUGAGGGAGUUGGACACCGAGAGCCCUGUCGUCUGGCCGGCCUGGUGUUAUACUGGUGAGGUGUCGGGCGAGAACGUGUCCACGGGCACAGGACCACGUGGUGGCGACCGUGGAGAGGCGGCGGAUUUAGGUACGUACACGGAAAACAACGACGGGGCCACCCUGGCAGCAAACACAGCGGUCGACGCCAGGGGGGGAAGCCCUCAGGGCACCCAUCUGUCCGGUGCGGCAACCCCCAGACCCCCACGUGGUAGGAGGCGACAAAACCAGAAUGGUCUCGACACUACCCAAGUUAAAACGGAACGACUCACGCCUGACAAUAACUCGACGUCGUCGAGGAGCGUGACGCCUUCUUCAUCGAGUCACCCGGGAACGCCGCCAAAUGCUACGCCCUUGGGAGGACCCGAGGGUCCACCGCCACCUCAUCAUCUCAAGCACAUGGAACAGAUGAUGGGGCGAAACUAUAGUGAUUUUAUGAGGAGUCUCGCCGCCAAGUACAACAACGCCAACCCCAACGAUUACUUUAGCACACCAAGAAACGGUUAUCCUCCGGGUUUAGAUCCGAGAUUUCCAGCCUUCAAGGCUGCAGCAACGCCAUUCGUUGGUCUAAUGGCGCCGUUAGGGGCUCCGCAACCAUCGACUGUCCCGACGACCUCACCGCUCUCCAACAAAGAUCCGAAAGAGCAAAAGCAGGAUAGUCUCUUCGGCAGUCCUGUGUUUCCGCCUAUGAUCGAUAUGUCAUCCACCCAGGCUCUUUUGCACAUGGUGCGAACUGCCAAUGCGGCACAAAGCGCUGCAGAAUUGGAGACAUAUCUCAAAGGCGCGAACAAAAGAGACACGGGGGUGACGAGUCCCUUGGAUCUUUCGAGUCCCGGUGGUUUCGCACCUCGUAAGCGACAAAGGACGGAAACAAGGAGAUCCGAAAGUGUAUCCCCCAAGCCGAAACCUACCGCGAGGCCAACCACACCUCCGCCGGUCAGGUGUCCGACUCUCUAUGGCCACAUACCUUGCGGUGAUGGGCAAGCCGUAAAUCGCUGGACCAUCGAGGACGUCGUUAAUUACGUUUCGUCAAUCGACAUAUGCGCCGAGUACG